AAGACUUCGAUAUAUUAUCUAUUCCUCUCUCUUUCUUUCUCCUUCACGCCACUCUCCAUUAAAAGCCUAACUUUUUCUCUCUCUGUUGAAUUAAUUCAUCAAUGGCGACUCUAGAAGACAUAGGAGUCUCAGCUCUGAUAAACCUCUUCGGCGCCUUCAUGUUUCUAAUAGCAUUCGCUGUCCUAAGAAUCCAACCCAUCAACGACAGAGUCUACUUCCCCAAAUGGUAUCUCUCGGGAGACAGACACAGUCCCCGCCGCUCCGACGGAAACCUGGUCGGAAAAUUCGUAAACCUCAACUUCAAAACUUACUUCACUUUCCUUAAUUGGAUGCCUCAGGCCAUGAAAAUGAGUGAGUCCGAGAUUAUCCGUCACGCUGGCUUCGAUUCUGCUGUUUUCCUCAGGAUUUACACUCUCGGCUUGAAGAUCUUUGCUCCAGCCAUGGUACUAGCACUCGCUGUUCUUGUUCCAGUGAAUGUAUCAAGUGGAACACUCUUCUUCUUGAAGAAGGAACUCGUCGUCAGCGACAUUGAUAAGCUCUCCAUAUCUAAUGUCCAGCCUGAAUCCUCUAAAUUCUUCUUCCACAUUGGAGUAGAGUACCUCUUCACGUUUUGGGCAUGUUUCAUGCUCUACAGAGAGUACAACACUGUUGCACUGAUGCGUCUUCAGUAUCUAGCUUCACAGCGUAGGCGUCCUGAGCAGUUCACUGUUGUUGUCAGAAACGUCCCUGACAUGCCUGGACACUCAGUUCCGGAUACUGUGGAUCAGUUCUUUAAGACGAAUCACCCUGAGCAUUACCUAUGUCAUCAGGCAGUUUAUAACGCGAACAAGUACGCAAAGCUGGUAAAGCAAAGACAGAGGCUGCAAGACUGGUAUGACUAUUAUCAGCUGAAGCAUCAACGCAAUCCCCAUAAGAAGCCUACUUGCAGAACAGGGUUUCUUGGUCUAUGGGGUAAAAAAGUUGACUCCAUCGAGUACUACCAACAGCAAAUCAAAGACUUUGACCACACUAUGUCCUUGGAGCGUCAAAAAGUUCUUAAAGACUCAAAACUGAUGCUUCCCGUCGCAUUCGUGUCGUUUGAUUCACGGUGGGGAGCGUCUGUUUGCGCACAGACGCAGCAGAGCAAGAAUCCGACGCUGUGGCUAACGAGCAGCGCUCCGGAGCCUCGUGACAUCUACUGGCAAAACCUUUCUAUACCUUUUAUCUCAUUGACCAUCAGGAAACUCAUAAUCGGUGUGUCAGUCUUUGCAUUGGUCUUCUUCUACAUGAUCCCCAUCGCUUUCGUGCAGUCUCUUGCUAACUUACAAGGUCUUGAUAGAGUUGCUCCUUUCCUCAGACCUGUCACUAGACUGGACUUUGUGAAGUCAUUCUUACAAGGUUUUCUACCUGGUCUUGCUCUGAAGAUCUUCCUGUGGAUCCUCCCGACAGUAUUACUGAUUAUGUCGAAGAUUGAGGGUUACAUUGCUUUAUCUACACUUGAGCGUAGAGCAGCAGCGAAGUACUAUUACUUCAUGUUAGUAAAUGUGUUCCUGGGAAGUAUCAUCGCCGGUACCGCGUUUGAGCAGCUUCACUCUUUCCUUCACCAAUCACCAACUCAGAUUCCUCGAACCAUUGGUGUCUCCAUACCGAUGAAGGCUACCUUCUUUAUCACGUACAUAAUGGUGGACGGGUGGGCUGGUAUUGCGGGGGAGAUUCUCCGGUUAAAGCCUCUCGUGAUCUUCCACUUGAAGAACAUGUUUAUUGUGAAGACAGAGAGAGAUAGAGAGAGAGCAAUGGACCCUGGUUUUGUGGAUUUCAAGGAGACUCUCCCAGCCCUCCAGCUCUACUUCCUCUUGGGGAUUGUAUACACCGCUGUCACUCCCAUUCUCCUUCCCUUCAUCUGUGUCUUCUUCGCCUUUGCUUACUUGGUCUAUCGCCAUCAGAUUAUCAAUGUUUAUAACCAACAGUAUGAGAGCUGUGGAGCGUUUUGGCCGCAUGUUCAUGGAAGGAUAAUAGCUAGCUUGUUGAUAUCUCAGCUUCUGCUGAUGGGACUUUUGACAUCUAAAAAGGCAGCUAACUCAACCCCAUUGCUUAUCAUCUUACCCAUUCUCACUCUUUCUUUCCACAAGUACUGCAAACACCGCUUCGAACCCGCCUUCGGUAAAUACCCACUCGAGGAUGCAAUGGCAAAAGACAAGCUGGAGAAGGAGACAGAACCGGAGUUGAACAUGAAAGCUGAUCUUGCAGACGCUUACUUACACCCGAUUUUCUUUUCAUUCGACGAAGAAUUAGAUGAAGAAGAUGAGAGGCACCAAAAGGAGGCAACGGAGGAGGUAAGAGUCGACAAACAUGAAACACAGUCGUCUAGUCCUGUGACCGAGCUCGGCACUCCUUCUCAUUACCAGCAGCAUGAAGUCUACAAUCCAUCUUCACCUUCUUCGCAUUACGCUUCAGCUUACGAGCAGUCGUCGUCUCAGUAUGAGUACCAUUACGAGACUCAUCGGUAUGAGGAGCAUGGUGGAUACCGUUACAACAAUUGAUAAGCAAAAGAGUUGUCUUAUAUUAGUGUUACUUGUAUAAGUAGUCCUUUAAAAUUUAAUUAAAUGGUCUAGGUCUUAUUGGUGGUGCUAGGAGAUUGGUGGUUUUAGUGUUGUUCCAAGAUUGAUUUAUUCUCAUCUAUUUUCAGUUUUUUUUUUUGUAAUUGUAAAACUUGGUUUUUAUUGAAUGUGAUGAAAAAUAUGAAUAUUUAUUUUA